AUGCGAUUUGGAAAAGAUUUGCCACAAAGCAGCCCUGGCAGCCGUCCAUGCGAGGCGAUAGCAGAAAGCAGUCAAGCUGCACAACUCGACGAUGAGGCACGAUCAGCGGGGGCAGCAGCAGCAGCGGCUCUGGCUGCUCCCUCAGAGGCGAUCGGAGACGCACCAGCAGCCGCGGAUCUUCUUCAGGCCGACGACUUUGAACAUGCAGAGUCUCUUUACGACCUCUCCGAUGCUGCUGCAGAGGCGUUUCUAGAGCACCAGCUGAAGAGGGGGGCAGCAGCGGUGACAGCAACAACUCAGUCAAACAGACAGUUUCAGCUCCUGUUGCAGCACAUGCCUGAGGGCCCUAAAGCCGCGGCAGCUGCAAUAUCAGCGCAGCGCAGCAGCAAUCCCUGGGAACGUUCUUCCGACGUGCAGCAGCACCCGCAGCGGCUGUCCGCUUGGGAAGUAGCUGCAGCAUCAGUAUCAGCAUCAUCAGCAUCAUCAUCAUCAGCAGCAGCAGCAGCAGUAUCAGCAUCAUCAGCAUCAUCAUCAUCAUCAUCAUCAGCAUCAUCAUCAUCAGCAUCAUCAGCACAGGCUGCCACCAACGACAGCACAGCUGCAGCGUCCGAGAGUACCAGCACAGAAGAAGCAGCAGCAGCGGGGGGAAGCGUUUCUUUCAAGGAUCUCGGAGUUCUUGCCUCUUUGCUGGAGGCUCUUAAGGCUCAAGGAUAUCGCAUUCCGACUCCCGUCCAGGCUGCUGCUCUGCCUGUUACUUUGGCUGAACAUGACGCGGUAAUCCAGGCAAAGUCUGGUACGGGCAAGACAGUCGCCUUUGCAGUGCACGCCCUCCAGCGGCUGUUGCUGGCGGCUGCUGCCUGGGAGACACCCCCUGCCACAGCGGCUGCAGACUGCUCCCCAGCUCUUCCUGCUGCUGAUCGAGCAGCAUCAGAACCAGCGGCAGCGGGCGGCUUCUUCGGCUUCGCCCUGGUCAUAGCUCCUUCACGAGAGCUGGCAACGCAGACGGCCGCUGAGAUGCGUUCUCUUGCUCAGCAUAUUCCCCACAUCCACAUCGGCGUCUGCUGUCUGCUCGGAGGCUUUGCGCUGAACGUCUCGAAGCAGGAGCUCUCCAAACGCCCACAGAUUAUUGUUGCCACCCCCGGGCGUCUGCUGCUGCUCUUGAAGCGUCGGAGGCAGCAGAAACGCGGUCGGUGUCUCUGCGCAAAGUCGCGCUGGAUUGCGGACGCUGCAAAGGCCGUCGCCGAUGCGUCAGCAGCUGCUGCUGCUGCUGCAGCCACAGCAGAAGCUGCUGCUGCAGCCACAGCAGCACCAUGCGAAGAGCUUUCUGAGGGGGCAACACAAGGUCGUGCUGCUGCUGCAGAUGCCGCUGCGAAUGCUUGUCUAGACGCUGAAAACACCGCCACGUUUGCUGCCAGUGCAGAAGCAGCAGCCGUUGCAGCCGCUGCCCUCUGUUCUUGCAGCCACAACGUGCCGCUGCAGCAGCAGCUCAAGCAGGAGCUGCGUGUGGUCAUUCUAGAUGAAGCCGAUUUGCUGCUCGACACAUUCUUCCGACCACAAACCAAAGAAAUUCUCGACCGCGUGUUGCAUCCAUCAGCGCAACUGACGGCCUACUCGGCAACGUUUGCUCCUCAGCUGCUGCAUUAUCUGGAAGAGGAACUGCUGCAAGAUGCAGAGCGACUUCUUCCUGUCUCUGAGGCAGACACGCCGCAAGAAAUCCAGCAAAGCGUAAUCAAGGAAUGCAGCGAGCAGCGUCUCUCGCUUCAACCGAGGGCAUUGUGGCGAGUAAUGCUUUGCGCAUCGCGCGUUCGGUUCGCUUCCACUCCCAGCUGCGAAGCAAACGUUAGCAGCAGCAGCAGCAACACUGGCGGCGAAGCAGGCAGCGGAAAUGCGAGUGAUGCGAGUCGUGGCAGCCGCGAUGGCGGGCCGAGCGUCUUGUCUUCAGGGAGGGCAGCAGCAGCAGCAGCGCCUGAGCCGCAGCAAGAGGAACUGAUGGAGUUAAAGCCGAAACGCUCAGAAGAUCAUGCAGCCCCCCCCCCUGUGCCUUCGGGCAUCAUCUACGGUCUAAUGGAGGUGCCACCUGCCGAGCAAUCUGGCUUGCGCGUUUUGAGCAUCAAGCUGCAAAUGCUGCUCGACGUUAUAAGCCGCAUCUACUUCCGCCAAGCUGUCAUAUUUGUCAACGAGCCCCUCGUCGGUGCUCAAGUCGCACAGAGCCUGAGGCGCUUUGGAAUCACUUCGGUUUAUACCAGCGGGAGGCUGCCGCAACGGGAGAGAAACAAGCGUCUGGCUGCCUUAAAGCAGUUCCAGUGCAGGGUGAUGGUUUGUUCGGACUUGAUGAGCCGUGGCAUCGACGCCAUUGGCAUUGACUUGGUGAUCAACUUCAACCUCCCCAUGGAUAAGGACACCUUCUUACACCGGGGAGGACGCGCCGGCCGGUACGGGAGUUGGGGUGUGUGUGUCUCUAUCGCCUCUUCAGACGAAGCAGAUAGCUACCGCUACAUUGCAGCGAGCUACGGAAUCACACUGCACGCUCUACAAGACAUCGAGCAGCUACAGGCUGUUUUGAGGCCAGAAGUUCGAGCGUUGCGAGCUCCUGCGAAUGCUGCCGCUACAACCCUCAGUCGUGCUGCCAACGCGCAUGCCAGCGCCGCUGCUGCAAGCGAUGAAGUGGUGCCAGCAGCGGUGGAGAGGGGAAUCGAAGAAGGCCAACACGAGCACUCAGAGGAUCAACCCGACAGCAACCCCCUGCAGCGGCAGCAUCAGCAGGAGCAGCAGGGGGAAGAUCCGCAGCAAAGCGAUUCGCGGCGAUGUGGGGCAGUGACGGCUUGUCCACGUAUCGAGCCGUUCCCAGAAAAUGCGGGAGAUGCAGUACGACAAAAGCUUAGUGCCUCGUUGCAGCUGCCGCCAAUGCCCUCCUCGGCGAGGAACUCCUUUACUGCAGGAGACACACAACAACAGCACCCUCGUGAACUCUCCCUCUCAGGGAAUGCUGUGUGUGAGGCUGCUGAGUGUCUGCAUAUCGUGUUGGAGUGCUGGAAAGAGGACUCCGUUGAUGACGGAGGAAGGCGCUGUGCUGGGUGUGCUGCUCCAGCAGCACGAACGAGCGCUAAGCGCCUGCUCUUCCUUUGCGUCUCUCAUGAGCUGCAAGACGUGACUUUGCUGCAGCCGGAACUAGGGAUCGAUCGGACGGCAAUACAUUCAGUGCUUGCCUCCUCUGCUUCCCCGAGUUUCCCCCCUGCUGCUAGCGCAGCUGCGGCUGCAUUUGGCAGAGCAGCCUAUUUCGUCAGCAGAGAGGACUCAGGAGCCACCUCCCUUGGUUCCGUCGCUUACAUCUUGUUCAGACACGUGCAGAAGGCGAGGCGGAUACAACAGGGAAACCAAGGGGCCUUUCUUGCAGCUUCAACGACGCGGGUAGAAGACACUCUAGAGGCGCAUCGGCGGGAAGUGGUUUUGCUGCGCCAGCAGCAGCAGCAGCAGCUUCGAAGCGUACAUAACCAGUGGCUACACGCCCUCUGCCAGCAAACCCUUACAUGGGAGCAGCGGCAGCAGCAAGAGGAGCAGCAUGAGGCCACAUUGCAGCGCUUGUGGGCAGCACACCGGCAGCAGCAGCGGGAGUUCGCCUUGCGGCAUAGGCUGGCUAUGGAAUCUGACGGGGAGGAGACUUUGCGGCAGCAGAUGCAGCAACAACAGCAUGCCCCAGAAACAGCGCAGCAUUUUGUCGUGGCAAUUUCUGUGAAACAGCUCCCGUGGCUCCUUGCAGCCUUAGAGCACGCUGCUGCUGCUGCUCGAUGCCCAGCAGCAAACACUUCGGGAGCUCCCCUGCCCCUUCCAGCUUUCUCCCUCCACGAGGCGGCUCGUUGGUUUUCGUUCGUGCAGAAUCGAAACACCAGGGGGUGUGGGGCCUCGACGCGCGAGAGGACUGCACGACACUGUGCAGGGGGGGUGUCUUGGCCUUCACGGAUUCUGAGCUCGCUGUGCUCUCGCGCGCCGAAUCACUCUAGUGCAAGUGAAUAA